UGGUGCAGUGCUCUCUGACUGUUCCCCGCAGCGAGCGGUCCACUGUGUGUUGCUGUGGUUAGCUAACAGCAGUGGGCACUGAAGGGUCAUGGCACUCAACGUCGUGCUGGACGGUCCGGCACCCUGGGGCUUUCGCCUGACGGGGGGGAAGGACUUCAACCAGCCCCUGACCAUCUCCAGGAUCACUCCGGGUAGCAAAGCCGCCGUCGCCAACUUGUGCGCCGGCGACGUCAUCCUGGCCAUCGAGGGAUUCCCGGCCUCGGACCUGCUGCACAGCGAAGCCCAGAACAAGAUUAAAGAGUCCACCAGUCAGCUCCGUCUCACUGUGGAAAGGAAUGAAACCAGACUGUGGACGCCUCGUGUCAUGGAGGAGGGCCGAGCUCAUCCGUAUAAAAUCAACCUCGAAGCAGAGCAGCAGGAGUUCAAACCCAUUGGCACCGGUCACAACCGCAAAGCUCAGCCGUUUGUCGCUGCGGCAAACAUCGAUGAGAAGCGCCAGGUGGUCAGCACGGCCUACAACACGCCCAUAGGCCUCUACUCCUCGGGUAACAUCCAGGACGCCAUGGAGGGUCAGAUCCGAGGGAUCUUCCCCACGAAGCCUGACAGUCCCAGGACUCUGAGCAGCAUCGAGGAGUCUGACGUCUACCGGAUGCUGCAGCAGGACCAGGAGGAUCCUCAGGAGCCUCGACAGUCUGGCUCCUUCCGAGCGCUGCAGGACUUUAUUGACAGUGAUGGCACACGUCCCAUUGUGACCAGGACAGUCAAAGCCCCGAUGAACAAACCGACGCCACCCACAGGAAACCUGCAGAAACUGCCCGUCUGCGACAAGUGUGGGAAUGGGAUCGUGGGCACGGUGGUGAAGGCUCGGGACAAAUAUCGCCACCCCGGCUGCUUUGUGUGCACCGACUGUGACGUCAACCUCAAGCAGAAGGGAUACUUCUUCGUGGAGGGGCAGCUGUACUGUGAGGCCCAUGCUCGGGCCAGAAUGAGACCACCAGAGGGACACGACCUGGUCACGACUUAUCCGACUGCGUAGAUACCCCCUCCUCCUCCUCCUCCUCCUCCUCCUCCUCCUCCUCCUCCUCCUCCUGCCAGCAAAGACACAAGCACUUACACAGGCAAACACCAACACACUUCAGCACACACUCCUCAGUCGUACGUGGAAGGGGUCCUCUGCACUUUGAGGUUGUCCGUGUGCAGUCACUUUUCAGUGAGGAUCCUGUAGGUAACUCCCACAUCUAGGAACAUUUCACAGGUUUGUAAAGGUCCCACACGAAGAGACAACAGAACUGGUCUCUGUGUUUCUUGCUGGUUUCUCACAGUCUGAUGUCCUUUCAAUAAAGACCCUCUGUUCCUACUGU